AUGAGUGCCGCGUGUUCCUUUUCUGAGAUGAGCGACGUUCUCAAGGGGAAAGAGGGCCCCCGCGGAAACAUCGGUGAGGGUAUAGUCUUUAACGCGGAGAUUAGGGCCAACGUGGGCGAUGUCGCUCAGGAUAUUGAAGAGCUGGAGGUAGACUCCCGUCAUCAGAAUACCGGUUUCAUAGAAGGGUCGGCUGGAACCUCGUCGGUAUUCGUUGUCGUCUACUACCUUCCUAUCUACUUUCAGUUUGUGAACAAUGAUGGAGCCCUCAUGGCAGCUGUGCGUCUGUUACCAUUUGUUGUUAUCGCCGUCGUGGUCAACCUUAUCUCGGGGUCGCUUCUCCACUUCAUAAAGCUUUAUAAAGUCAUCUUUCUAAUUGCUAGCAUUUUCUUGCUGGCCGGUGGUGGUCCCUUGGUAGCUUAUUCAAAGCCUAGCACUACGACGGGCACCCUCUACGGCUUAUCAAUUCUCACUGCGGUUGGCAGCGGUCUGUCUAUGGUGACCGGCUAUACAGUUUCGACGUUGACUACGAAACCCGAGGACACGGGCGCUGGACUAAAGUUGCAAAAUGUUGCCCAGAUUGGUGGCCAGGUUAUCGCACUCGCCGUCGCGGGACAGAUCUACCGAUCGCGAGCCUUGAACAAUCUGCAAUCUGCUCUUGCUGGUCACGGAUACUCGUACGCAGAAAUUUCGGGCGCGGUGGCCUGUGCGCAGAGUACACUGUUUGAGAAUCUGGAGGGUGGACUACGGGACACGGCAGUUGAGGCUAUCUCGCAGGCGAUGCGGAUGACGUUUGUACUGGUUCCUGUUGCCGGAGGCGUUAUGUUCAUUGCCGCAUUGUUCAUGAAGUGGGAGAAGCUCUUCGGACCUCAUGUUGCUGUGGGUGGUUAA